UGUUUUAGUCUGAGUUCAUUCCACAAGCCAUUUUGUCAGGCCUCGGUGCAGCUUUACUUCAUCAUGGAGGAGGAGAUGCAACAACUUAGGGAGACCGUGUCACAGCUUAAGGCAGACAACGAACUACUUCGCCAGGCGCGUGCUGCAUCUCCGUUGGACCCCGGUGAGGCUGUUUUCUUUCCCUCUGCUGCAGCAAGUCAGGCACCGACUCCAAACAUAGCCGCCGCUGUCACAGAGCGACUGGUUGUGGUUCCUAGAGACCGUAAGUGUCCCAUGUUCAAUGGCAGGGCAGGCCUAGGAAUAACUGAGUGGAUAGAGGAGAUACAGGCAUGUGUGCGUGCUCGCCAUCUUCUUGCUGCUGACCAGGCCCUUUUUAUGGUUGAUCAUUUAGAGGGAGAGGCAAAGGAGGAAAUUAAGUUUCGCCCUAGUGCAGAGCGGCGAGACCCAGUACAGGUUCUUGCUUUAUUAAAGGAGCUAUAUGGCUGUGCUCAGUCGUACGUCACAUUACAACAGGCUUUCUUUUCUCGACGCCAACUCGAAGGAGAGACGUUGCAGGAGUUUUCCUUAGCUCUCAUGGCCUUAAUGGCACGGGUUAAGCAGUGUGCACCUGAUGGGAUGCCUAAUUCUGAUGUCCUCCUCAGGGAUCAGUUUGUGGAGCAUGUUCUCGAUAGCUCCCUUCGCCGGGAACUCAAGCAACUAGUUAGACGCCAGCCUACUGGCACCUUGUUGGAGCUUCGUGGUGAGGCAAUUAGGUGGGAGAGGGAAGGUCUUCCAGGGGGGGAUAGGGGUCGUAGCUCCUCCUUUCCAUCAGCUUAUGGUCUUCAAUAUGGAGUGCAGGGUCGCUUUCAAACCGCCCCUCCUGUUACUUCACCGGGGCCAGGGUUGAGUGAGUUGAUGGACCUUAUGAAGCAUCAACAGGAGCAGCGUAACCAGCUCACCCAGACCGUAGCCUCUCUACAGGCCCCCCGCUCCCAAGGUCAGACUUUUAAUAGUGGUCCUUUAAUCUGUAGAAGGUACAGAAAAUGUCCAGCAGCCUGGACAUUUUGCUCGGGAUUGUGAGGGUGAGCGGGCUCCAUUUCGACGCCUUGCUAAUUCAGCAGCUGGGUCGAACCCACGCCCCACCGCACCGUCCCAUUUCACUAGGCGAUCGGAAAACUGAAACCCACUGAGCUGCGGAGUCACAGCACAGUUGGGGAGCCCACAGACUCACAGGAAAGUGUAGGUGCUGAAUUAAUUUCUGCAUGUCCAAACAUUAAUGUAUUGAUUGGAGGAGUCACUGCUUUAUGCCUGGUGGACACUGGUUCCAUGGUGUCCACCGUUACUGAAAGCUUCUUUCUGGAGCAGUUUGCACCUUGGGGCCACGAGCGCCUUCAGUCUUCAGUCACUGGCUACAGCUCCGAGCAGCGAACGGUUUAGCAAUUCCAUAUAUAGGCUAUCUGGAGCUUGAUGUGAAACUAUGUGGCAAGGUGAUGCCCCGUUGUGGGAUUCUUGUUGUCAAAAACCCCUCUGGUUUUGCGUCUUCUGUCCCUGGUAUUUUGGGAAUGAACGUGAUACGCAAAUGCUAUCGAGAGCUUUUCGGUGCAUUUGGGCAUUUGGGUGCAUUUGGGCCUUCUCUUUUUGAUUCACUUUCAGUGUCACAGGCACCUGGUCCCGUUAUUGCGGCCUUGCAGCAGUGUCAUCAGUCUGCCGCCCAGACCCCAGGGGGCCACACUGGCAUUGUGAGAGUCCGAGGCAAACAAGCGCCUGCCAUCUCAGCGUCUCACGAAACCCCUCCUCCACCCCAUUCUCCUCCCGGCUCGAGGACAUUCACCUCAUCCGGACCCCGACCUCAACGGAUCGCGGAUUACGCCAAUGAAUCAAGGAUCAUAGCAGCGCCCAAUCAUGGUGGCAGCUGAUCGCGGACAAAGAAUUUUCAAAACUGCCUAUCAAGAUACGAUUACUAGUGGCAUUCAUUGCACUUCUGUCCAUCCUGGAAGAGGGAUCCCUUGCAUGCGUCUCUUCCUGAGGUUUCUACUUUUUUCCUGUCAAGGUUUUUGUAGUUUUUCCUUACCCUUGUGAGGGUUUAGGGCAGAGGAUGCCACACUAGCGAGUUCAAUAGGACUACGAGCAUUAGAUUUGCCUUCCAAACUUACAUUAGACGAUAAACCACCACCAGUGUCUAGACCCCGGGGGGUAUUCCUGUUCGAUGCUCUGCUACACCCCCUUCUAAAUCCUGAUGACAUCUCACAGGGGUCUAAAAUGCCAAAGACUGUUUAACAUUCUCAUUUCUGUGCGUGUAAAAAGAGAAUGAAUAAAAUCUGUUAAUUGGAAAUCAAGUCUCUCCUGAUUGAACUGAAAUUCUCCUUUACCCACGGACUAGUUUGGGCGUUUUAAACGCUGCCCAGGUUGUCAGCCUGCCUCCAGGAGUAACUGAGGAGAGGUCAACGU